AUGACUGACUUAAAAGCUCAUGAUCCAACAUUGACUGAUUCCUAUCUUUGGGAAACUAAAAUGUUAGAUCCCAAAGAUGCCAAUUAUGAAUUCCCCAAGCCCACCUUAGCGUUCAUGAUAUUUCGAACAAGUGAUUGUCAGGAAACAAUUGAACAAUUAUUUUCUGAAUAUAAUAAGAUCAUUACUAUCUUAAGACAUCAUUAUCCAUUCAGAUGUGAUAUUCCUAGAUUGCUGAUUAAUAAACAUAAAUAUAAGAAGACCAAUGGGAAAAAGAACUUGAUUAGCUACAUCUACUGUCAAGUAACAUAUGGAGAUAGUACUAAUGAUAAAAAUAUAUUACAAGAUGUAUUAUUCCACUUUUGUGCCAAUCAUUCAGUAUUUGCUAAAGUUUAUGAUUCAAGUUUGCUUCAGGAAGUGUUUGAAGAGUACUUUGAUGAUGGUGUGAAUGAUGAAUUAUUAGAUUUUAUGAGUUUAGAAAAUCGUGUCUGGAUUGUGGGUGAUAAGGUUGUAAAGUUAGAUGUUCCUGAAGAAGACGAAGAAGAUAAAUAUGCCGACAUAUUACCAUUGGCUACUGCAGUAGGUUAUAUGAAGAAAAACAAAUAUACUGUUGAUACGUUAGAAACUAGUGAAAGAAUAACCCGUGUCAAUUUUGAAAAUCAUCCUUUUGGUGAUUUACAGUACGUGGUAGAAGUUGAAUCGGUAAUAGAAGAGUAUUUACUACCUGUUUAUAACAAAAAUCCAUACUUGCUAUCUACAGCAGUUACUAGUUUCUUCGAUAAAGACUUAACAUUGAAAGAUACAGUUCGUUUAGAAGCCAAAGAAAAGGAUGCUAAACCAUUCAAAUUCAGCAUUGGUUAUCUGUCUUAUUGUGAAAUGUUAGCUUUAUAUAACCAAAGGCAAGAAGAGUUACAGAAUGCUGGAAAAAGUCCAAAUUCAAUUUCAUUCAAAUCUGCCGUAUAUCAAAUUCUUUCAAAGGGGAUGACAACUGCCAUUGAUCUUGAUCCGAUGCUUAUAUUUGAAGUUAAUCAAGAUAAUUUAUCUAACUCGUUCAAUUCUCGAGAUAAAUUGCAAGAUAAAUUGAUAAGUGAAGGUUAUUUAAAAGAUAAAAUUCCACCAACAACUGAAUUCCAAGUCAAAGAUUUUCAAAAUCCAGUAUUAGCUGAUCGUAAUGUGAAACCACGAGAUCAUGUUUAUCAUAUACUAGAAGAUCCAAAUUUAAAAAAUUCUCGUGAAAACAGUUUACCAAUUAGUAUGAAUACCGUAAGUGCAAUAGAUUAUUUCAAAAAUCUCGACAAACCUCAACCUGGCAAUGUGCAAGUACCAGGUCCACAAUUACCUGAAAAUUUUGGUGCGUUUACUCCAGUUGCUAAAGAUUUGUAUCAGAAGUAUCUUGAUAAAACAAGAGGAGAUGAUCCGAAUGACCCAUUUGGACACAAGAAACAAGCUCUUAGACGUGAAAGACAACAAAAAGAGCUUUUGGCUCUUUAUAGACCAAAAGAUACUGAUCGUGAUGAUACUUUAAAAGUACUCUUCAAGUUUGUAAGUGGAAGAAAAACUAUCGCUGACAGGUAUAAUAACAGAUCCAGUGAAUAUAUUUAUUUUGAAGAUAUGGAAGGUUUAUAUGAUCAAGGUAUUUAUCCAUCAGCUGAUGACUUUUAUAUGUAUUAUCAUCCUGAAGAUGAAUCUGAACAAUGUUAUUAUGAUCCUUAUAAGCUUACAGAGGAUGAGAUGAGUCUAAAAUAUAAAGAUGUCAACACGUAUGAAACUGAAGAUGAAAAUGAUGAUUUAUUCCGUCAAUCACAUACCUAUGAAGAUUACAAUGAUAAUGAAAUAAAGUAUAUUAAGUUAAAGAGGAAAACAAAUAAUGAGCUUUAUAGAUUGUUAGGUUAA